GUACUGCUACUUGCUUCUCGCCACUUCUCUCUCCUCUCAAGUUCCAACAAGAACCCUAAACACAAACACACAAAACAGACUCCUCUCUGUUUCUCUCUUCCCGUCAGACAUGGCAGCGCUGGGUGUAAACCCUGCCACCUCCUCCAAUCCUCCCUCAAUUUUCAUCUUCCACACCAAAUCCAGAGACUCUCUUCCCAGAUUCACCCUCCCCUUCACCUCUAAUCCCCGUCGACCCACCACCACCCUCCGCCGCCUUCUCUACCUUUCCAAUGUCUUCCCCAAUUCCAAACCCACCACCACAACCGAAAGAUUCGUUUGCCGAUUCACCCCUGGCCAACCCAGAAAGGGCAGCGAUGUCCUCGUCGAAGCCCUCGAGCGUGAAGGCGUAAAAGACGCGUUCGCCUACCCCGGCGACGCGUCGAUGGAGAUCCACCAGGCCCUCAAGCGCUCCCCCACCAUCCGCAUCGUCCUCCCCCGCCACGAGCAGGGCGGGAUCUUCGCCGCCGAGGGCUACGCACGCGCCUCCGGCCUCCCCGGCGUCUGCAUCGCCACCUCCGGCCCCCGCGCCACCAACCUCGUCUCCGGACUUGCUGACGCAAUGCUCGACAGCGUCCCCAUCGUCGCCAUCACCGGACGAGUUCCGCUGAUGAUCGGAAUCAAUGCUUUUCAAGAGACCCCAAUUGUUGAGGUAACUAGGUCUAUUACAAAGCACAAUUACCUUGUGCUGGAUGCCGAAGAUAUUCCUAGAAUUGUGCGAGAGGCGUUUUUUCUUGCUUGUUCAGACCGUUCUGGUCCAGUUUUGAUUGAUGUACCUAAAGAUAUACAGCAACAAUUGGUGGUACCCAAUUGGGAUCCACCCAUGAUACUACCUGGGUAUAUGGCUAGAUUACCGAAAGAGCCUCUAGUGGCACAUUUGGAACAAGUUGUUAGGCUUGUAUCCGAGUCGAAGAAACCAGUUUUGUAUGUGGGUGGUGGGUGUUUGAAUUCGAGUGAGGAGUUGAAGAGGUUUGUGGAGCUUACAGGGAUUCCGGUCGCGAGCAAUUUAAUGGGUCUUGGGGUGUACCCGGCUUCGGAUGAUAUGUCUCUUGGAAUGUAUGGUACUAUUUACGCCAAUUAUGCUGUGGAUAGUAGCGAUUUGUUGCUUGCUUUUGGGGUCAGGUUUGAUGACCGUGUGACCAAAAAGCUUGAAGCUUUUGCUAGCCGAGCUAACGUUGUUCAUAUUGAUAUCGAUUCUGCUGAGAUAGGGAAGAAUAACCAACCCCAUGUAUCGGUUUGCGCGGAUGUGAAAUCUGCUUUGAAAGGUCUGAAUAAGGUUUUGGAGGGUAAAAGAGGUCAGCUUAAGCUUGAUUUUUCUGCUUGGAAGAAGGAGUUAAAGGAGCAGAAAAUUCAGCGCCCAUUGACCUUUAAGACCUUUGGAGAUGCCAUUACACCGCAAUAUGCAAUUCAGGUUCUUGACGAGUUAACGGAUGGGAAUGCUAUUGUAAGUACUAGUGUUGGCCAGCAUCAGAUGUGGGCUGCACAAUUUUACAAGUAUAAUAGGCCGAGGCAGUGGCUUACUUCCGGCGGAUUAGGGGCUAUGGGUUUUGGAUUGCCUGCUGCAAUGGGUGCCGCUGUUGCUAGACCUGAUUUGGUCGUUGUGGACAUUGAUGGCGAUGGGAGUUUUAUCAUGAAUGUCCAGGAGUUGGCAACAAUUCGGGCGGAGAAUCUUCCGGUUAAAAUAAUGGUGUUGAAUAAUCAGCAUUUGGGUAUGGUGGUUCAACGAGAGGAUGAGUCUCAAAUAUUCCCAAAUCUGUUGAAAAUCGCGGAAGCUUGUGAGAUUCCUGCUGCUCGGGUGAUGAAGAAGGACAAUCUUAGGGCUGCAAUUCAGAAGAUGUUGGAUAUGCCUGGUCCCUAUUUGUUGGAUGUUAUCGUACCACAUCAGGAGCGUGUCUUGCCUAUGAUCCCCAGCGGUGGAGCAUUCAAAGAUGUGAUUACUGAAGGCGGUGGUUGAUCAAAAUUAGGGCUGUUACGAACCCGACCGGACCGAAAAAGACCGAAAAAACCGACCGAUCGGUUCGGUCCAAGGGAGUUUUUUUUCGGUUCGGGGUGGAUUGAACCGAACCGAAUCUAGGUCGGUUCGGUCUCGGUUUUUUGGAAAUCUAUACCGACCGAACCGAACCGAACCGAAUGCGGACCGAACCGACCGAACCAUAUAUAUUAUAUAUAUUUAUAUAAAUUGUUUUAAUCUUCUGGCUCUUAUUGUUUUGAAUGGUUAA